GCUUCGCCGAGCGCUGUGACGUCUCCCCCUCUCCCCGCCAAUGGGCGCUUGGAGCGCUGAGCCGACCGCUUAGUCUCUACACGGCGCGCGGCAGAAGUUCGGGGGGGCGGAGAGUACGAAUACAGCCGGCACGAAGAUGGCGACCCCGGCCAAGCGCAGAGCUGGGGGCAGCGUCGGGCGGGGCGCGGGCGCUGCUGGCCGGGGGGAGGCGAAGCCGCCGUCCGCGGUUGUGGAGGGCUCCAUCGUGCGAGUCGCCAUGGAGAACUUCCUAACAUAUGAUAAUUGUGAAGUGUAUCCAGGACCUCACUUGAACAUGAUAGUGGGUGCUAAUGGAACAGGAAAAUCAAGCAUUGUUUGUGCCAUCUGUCUGGGAUUGGCCGGAAAACCUUCUUUCAUAGGGCGAGCAGACAAGGUUGGUUUCUUCGUAAAGCGAGGCUGCUGUAAAGGCACAGUUGAAAUUGAACUAUUUAAACCUCCUGAUAAUCUUGUUAUCACACGUGAGAUUCAUGUGGCAAACAAUUCAUCAACAUGGUUGAUCAAUAAAAAGCCUUCUUCCUUGAAAACAGUAGAGGAGCAAAUUGCAGCCUUAAAUAUCCAAGUGGGCAAUCUGUGCCAGUUCCUCCCUCAGGACAAAGUUGGGGAAUUUGCAAAACUGUCCAAGGUAGAACUUCUUGAAGCCACAGAAAAAUCAAUUGGUCCUCCAGAAAUGUACAAAUUCCACUGUGAGCUAAAAAACUUCAGAGAGAGAGAGAGAGAACUUGAGAAUUUAUGCAAAGAGAAAACUAAUUCCUUGGAGAAAAUGAAACAGAGGAUUGAACGAUAUAGACAAGAUGUUGAGAGGUACCAUGAGCGCAAACGUCAUCUAGAUGUAAUUGAGAUGCUUGAGAGAAAAAGGCCUUGGGUGGAAUAUGAAAAUGUUCGCCGACAAUAUGAGGAAGUGAAACAAGACCGUGACCGUGUAAGAGAAGAAUUGAAAAAACUAAAAGAAACACAAUCUCCAAUGAUACAGCAAAUCCAAGAAAUUGAAAAGCAAUUCAGAAGUCUGGAUGUAAAAAUCAGAGAGAAGGUUCCUGAAAUCAAAGAGACUUCUCAAAAAUGUAAACAAAACCAAGAUGCUUUGGAGAAGAAAGACAAACAAAUUGGUGAUAUUCAGCAGGCUCUCAGAAUGAAAAGAGAUGAAGAAAUGGAUCGACAGAAGAGAAUGAACAUCAGCCGACAGAUGAUAGCGGACUGGCAGAAUGAACUCAACAGUACAGGAGCCUGUGAGAAUCUUCAGCCACAAAUUGAUUCUAUUAACAGUGACCUGAGACGCUUGCAAGAAGACAAGGCAAAUAUUGAUAGUGAUGUGAGUGAUUUGGGAAAUGAGAAAGAGAAUCUCAAGACGGAAAAGAAAAGAAUAACUGAUCGUAUCGUACAACUUGAUAAUAUGAUGAAUCUGAAAGAAGAGAAGCUCAAAGGAAGAUACCGAGACACACACAGUGCUCUUAUGUGGCUAAGAAAGAACAGAAACCAGUUUAAAAAAAGUGUCUGUGAACCCAUGAUGCUUGUAAUCAACAUGAAAGACAAUAGACAUGCUAAAUAUGUCGAAAAUCACAUUUCAGCAAAUGAUAUGAAGGCCUUUGUUUUUGAAAGUCAAGAAGAUAUGGAAAUAUUUCUUCGUGAGAUGCGUGAUCAUCAGAAACUAAGAGUGAAUGCUGUCUGUGCACCCAGUGAGUCAUGGGCUGAAAACAGACCUUCAAGACCUAUUGAAGAGUUACACCAGUAUGGAUUUUUCUCUUUCUUGCGAGAGCUGUUUGAUGCUCCUCAUCCUGUGAUGAGUUACCUUUGCUUCCAGUAUCGAGUUCAUGAGGUCCCUGUGGGAACAGAGAAGACCAGAAAUAUGAUUGAAAGGGUCAUACAAGAAACCAAGCUUAAGCAGUUGUAUACAGCUGAAGAAAGGUAUUCUGUAAAAGUAUCAGUUUAUACAAACCAAACUCUUUCUAGUAACACCUCUCUGAGACCAGCACAGUUUCUUAUCGGUUCGGUGGAUACAGAAGAAAGAAGACAGUUGGAAGAGCAGCAGCAGGGAAUAAAUAAUAAGUUGCGGUCACUGGAUUCUGAUUUGACUACACUGUCUGAGAGGCAGAGACAUCUGGAGCGCAAAGACAAUGAACUUAGACAGCAGAAGAAGGAACUUCUGGAGAGAAAAAACAAAAGGAGACAACUGGAAUCAAAAAUUGCUAUGAAACACGAUAGUUUAAGACAGAUGGAACAAGAUGCUAUCAACUUAGACCGAGAGGCGCAACAUACAAAUGCAAAGAUCAAAGAAAUCAAUAUCCAAAAAGCCAAACUUGUUAUAGAAUUAAAGGAAUUUAUUAAGGAUUGCAUAGCAUUGAACACUCUGAAAGUAGAUUUGGUUCUUCAGAGUACUACAGUGUCUGCCAAGAAGCAUAAACUAGACUCUGAGCAUAAAGCAGCAACUGGACAUGUAAGAGCUUUAGAGGAACAGUUUCAUGUGCUGGAUGAAAGAAAACGUAGCCUGUUGAACCACUGCAAGGAACUGAUGAGAAAAGCCAGACAGGUGUGCAACCUGAGCCCAGAUGAGCCAGUUCCACAAGAAUUUCAGACUGCAUUCCGGGAUCUUCCAGACACGUUGGAUGAAAUAGAUGCUUCACUGAAUGAAGAGAAAUCGAGAGCCUCCUGCAUCACAGGCCUGAAUGCUUCUGUUGUAGAAGAGUACAGUAAGAGGACAGAAGAAAUACAACUGUUGACAGAGGAGCUAGAGAAAAAGAAAAAAGAAUUGAACAACUACAGGCAAAACAUUUCGCAGGUCAAAGAAAGGUGGCUUAAUCCUUUGAAACAUCUGGUCGAAAAAAUUAAUGAGAAGUUCAGUACCUUUUUUAAUUCUAUGCAGUGUGCUGGUGAAGUCGAUCUUCAUACAGAAAAUGAGGAAGAAUAUGACAAAUACGGGAUUCGAAUCAGAGUCAAAUUUCGCAGUAGUACCCAGUUGCAUGAAUUGACUCCUCACCAUCAGAGUGGAGGUGAGAGAAGUGUUUCCACUAUGUUGUAUUUGAUGGCUCUGCAAGAACUGAACAGAUGUCCUUUCAGGGUUGUAGAUGAAAUAAAUCAGGGAAUGGACCCAGUCAAUGAGAGGAGAGUUUUUGAAAUGGUUGUGAAGACCGCUUGCAAAGAAAGCACUUCUCAAUACUUCUUUAUUACACCAAAGCUGCUGCAGAAUCUCACUUACAAUGAAAAAAUGACCGUGUUGUUUGUCUACAAUGGACCUUUUAUGCUAGAAUCAACCAAAUGGAAUUUAAAGGCUUUCAACAGGAGGCGGCGACGAGUUGGGUGGACAGAUGCAUAGUGAUUUUCAUUGCCUUUGAAACCUAUGGUGAAACUACAUUUGUAAACGAGUGGUUGAACCUGAGAGAAAAUCCAUGGGGAACUUAAUAGUGAAGCACUGGGCUGCUUCUUAAUAAAAUUAUUUUUACAGUUAAUAUUUUCUCAGAACUCUUAUAGCUGUCUGUUCUUCCAAACUGAAACUAAUUUUUACCACAGACUUAACAGGAGGGCAAGCUGAAACCAGAAUCUUGUUUGCACCUUUCCAUUAUAUCAGCACCUAAUGUAACAAAAUUUAUCAGGAAAUUUCAGCUGUUUGUUUCCAAGUAACUUAUUUGGUUUAUCCACUUAUGUUCAAAGAUUGUGACGUUUUAAAGUUAGUAUAUAGUACACUAACUCAUAUAGUUAUAGUAGAUCACACUGAAAUGAAUUCUAAUGAAAUGCCAACUGUGGGAGUAAAGCAGAAGGAUUUGUGAUGUCAUUGCAUUUUCAGAGUGUGUAUUUAGCUUUAUAUCAAUUUUUUUCUUUGGUAAAAAUACCAUAUACUAUGUAAAUAUGGAUUAUUGUGUAUAUUCAUGUUUUUUCCUAUAAAGUCUAUUUCAGCAAUGGGAAAUGAAUGCCUAUUGCCCUUCACCUCAUGCCCACCCACAGUGGAAAAUACAUUUUUAGUGUAUGGGGAAAACUAAUAUUUACAGCUUGAGCCAAUAGUCCUUUUUAUAUUUUAUACCACUGUGUGGUGGUCUUCUGUGGAGAACUACAAAGUUACCUCUGGAAGUAGAGCUGAGGGACUUGUAAGUGAAAUACUUAUGGUUUUUGUGUUUGUGGUAUUGAAUGGGAAAAGUAUUCCUAUGGAUUUUUAUACUUGGAGUCAGCAACCCUUCCUUCACUGUUCUGGUUUCCAUGGAGUGGUUUUAUACUCAUAGUGAAUAGUAGCACUCUGAUGCAGCUGUUAAAUUUGCUGAUUAACUGAUGGGGUUUGGAUUAUAUCUGUUAGCAGUAACUAUUAAAUAUUUGUUACCCAUAGUAAUUGUGAACUUAUAUAAUAGAAUGUGUCAAUUGCUUCUUAUUCCUAACUAACUUAUAAUAACCAAAGAGGCCAAAAGUAUGGACUUGUAUAAAAAUGGAAGACCUGUUUUUAAAUUUACUAUCUCCAUCUACUUGUACUUAAAGAAAAUGAGCUGACUUGUCAGUACUGCCUGGAAGUCUACAGCAAUAUGUAAUCCAUCUAAGGAAUUUUUUGGUUGAACCAGCAUUCAUGUAACUUGCCAAAAAGAGGAAAAGAGAGCAGGGGAAAUAUCUUGGGGCAUAUGUCAGGUCAAAUUUGGUCAAAUUCUAGUUUUUAUCUUAUGUAAAAAUAGGCUUGGUACAAGGACAAGCUUCAGAGGAAUAAUUUUUAAAAUAUUUUUCAUGCCUGCAUUUGAAGCAUUAUCCUAGGCCCCUGAGAGCCUGAAAGUCAGACUAACCUGUUUUUCUUCUUUUUGAAGGAUGAAUAUGUACCAUACAUAGCAACAUAUAAAAACAAAUUCUGACAAAAGUCAGCUAUGAAAUUUUGAAAAGCUUUUUUUUUUUUUUUUAAACUAAAGAUGUUUCUUUAAAAUGUUUCACUGUACUGUCUAUACAAAGGAUGAUGGCUGAGGGAGUUGUUAAAGAAGUAGAGAGAACUGUACACUCUAGAUAGUGUCCUCAGAAAGAGCUUCUUAUUGGUUGAUAUCUGUGCUGUAAGCUGAGUUACAGAAACUAGUUAAUUUCUUGAAAAUCAGUAGCCAUGUAGGAAUUAUAUUUGACAGAAGGACUGAGUGUAUAAAGGGAUUAAGGCCUUAAUUCUGGGAAUAGUAUAUUCAGAAAGGUGCUUCCAUUUACUGUACUGAGACUGCAUGUCCAGAAAGGUUGCGUAUACCUCAUUGUAAGACCAGAUCCUUAAACCUGUCCACUGAUGUAUAUAAAUGCCCUGCUUCCCUGUGACCUCACUUCUCCAAGCAUUGGAUUUUUUUGUGUUAAACUUCCCUUUUCUUCACAAAGAAAGUGCUUCUUGGUUAGACUUUAGAAAAUUACUGGAGGAAGAGAACUAUAUCUAUUCUUUGUCCAAGGAGGUUAAAAUGUGCAUUGUGUAACAUGCACACAUUAGGGUGAAAGAAACUAAUCUUCUUUAGGCUUACUUUUCUAGGACCUAUGGCAGCAUUUAUAACAUGUAUUCAGUGAUUCAUUUUAGAAAUAUGCAGGGUGUCUCACCUGGUAUAAUGUUCUCGUGCACAUGCUAUGUUCUCGUGCACUUACCUCAACUUAGCAUCUGUAUGUAUUGCAUGUUAUGAGAAAGAAGUUCUCUCUCUCUCUGGGCAUUGUGGGUGUGGAGUAAGCAGGGAAUCUUCAAAUGCCACUUAAGAGAAGAAAUAUUUACUCACUACUAACAGGCUCUGUUUUCUCCUUAUACUCAAGCUAAACCUCUGCUUUUUCUUUUUUCCCCCCUGAGUUGUAUCCCCUGUAGUUCAGUGGUAGAAUCUUUGUCUACCACACAGGAGAUCUGGGUUUGAUUCCCAGACACUUAUACAACUACAGCCAUGGAGGCACCAAACAUCUGGAUUCAGUCUGGUCGUUGGAUUCUGUCUCAGUGGCCUAAAGGGAGGAUGGAAGGUCCAGACAGCCUCCUCUCCUCCGAAAAUUCCUGCCUGGGCAUAUGCAUUGAAGGUCUGAGUGGUCUUCAUGUAUACACCAUGAUCCAGGAGGAUUGACAGUUGCCACCCCUGAGUUCCACUCUUUCUUAUGGAAGGGACUAAUGGGUUUGGACAACUGAAGUGCAUGGCAUCGUUGCUGUGACCUGUGCUUCUAUGGCCCAAAGGGUGCCUUUGUCCAGGAAGUUCCUGAAACUCAGUAGGAGCAGGGCUGGAGUGUGUGACUGAAUGCAUUCCCAAAGUGAGUCUUCUCAGGGUAACACUUGAAAAGUUGAUCAUUUGGAGUGUAUUCCUUCUGUUAGGGGUCUGAUUAUGGUAUAUCCAAAACUGCAAUAUGACUACCUGGUUGGGGUUCUGGUUUCACAACUAUAAACUACCAAUCACCUUUGAUACCUCAUUACUCAGAAGUGAAACACUUCUCUAUCUUUUUUAUUAUUGUUAUUUUGUUUUAUUUAUAUAUUUAAUUGCUUCUGCAGCUACCCAGCAUCUGCCCCUCUCUCAAUCCUUCCUUUUCCCACAGCAGCUGUUCUUCUUUUCUCUUACUGCUGCUCUGCAGCUUCAGUGAAUAAAGUGCUAUGAAAACCCUAGAAAUUCAUUUUAAAGGUGUUUGUCUGCUUAGAGGAGUAUUAGCUUAAUAUACUAAAAAUGAAGGUUUUACUAGUGAUCAAUUUUCCUGGGGACUAAAUAGUAAGUACACCUUACAAAAAACAGGAAUAGAAGGGAGCUCACAUAAUCUUUUCAUUUUAAGUGAAAAUAGAACUUUCUUUUUAUUUUUUGAGCACUUUUCAAUGUCCAGUUGAAACAGGAGCCUUUC